AUGUCUGACAAACCCGAUAUGGCUGGGAUUGAGAAAUUCCAUAAAUCGAAAUUGAAGAAGACAGAAACGCAAGAGAAAAAUUCACUGCCUUCAAAAGAAACAAUUGAACAGGAGAAGCAAGCAGGUGAAUGGUAA